UGGUAUCCCAUUGGAGAGGCGGAUACUGACAAUGCUGCAGUGGCUCCACCUCCCUGAAGGAGAGAGGCCCUACGUGUACGCCAUGCACUCUGAACAACCAGACACAUAUGGACACAAAAUGGGGCCCAUGAGCACAGAAUUGAACAACCCUCUAAGGGUGAUUGACAGAAUCGUUGGCCAGCUGAUGAAUGGACUUAAACAGAUGAAGCUGCAUCGCUGUGUCAACAUCAUCCUGGUGGGGGAUCAUGGUAUGGAAGAGGCCCACUGUGACCGCACCGAGUUCCUGAGUAACUACAUGACCAAUGUUGAUGACAUCAUCCUCAUCCCUGGAUCUCUGGGCAGAAUACGCUCGAGAUACCCCAACAACCCUAGAUAUGACCCCAAGGCUGUUGUUGCAAAUCUAACA